AUAGUAACCUAUCUAACGGUUCUAACGUCUCUCACUUCCUCAUUAUUAUUAUUCUUUCUAUUAAAGUACUGCCUGCUUGUAAAUCUUGUUGAGAAACCCAUUAAAUAUUGCUCCACAAGUCCACCUUCUUUCUCCAAGACUCCCACAGUCUGUGAAAGAGUGGAGCUUUGGUUCUGAUUCCUUCAGUUCUUCAUACCCAGUGUCUGCAAUCAUAGAUGGCUGCAGUACUGGCUACAAAUAGAUGCUAUGGGCACAAUGUGGAGGUGAUAAUUCAAGGGAAAUCAGUAAAUAGUCUUAGUUUUUCAAGCUCAAUUUCGGUUCCUAAAUUCCUCAAUUCCGGGAGACCAACUAGUAAUCCGGAUCAGGCCAAUCAAUGUCUUCGGUUUCAAGUGGAAAUGCGACAGUCUGAGUCAUCAUCUUCAAGGCUUGGUGUCAAUGGAAGGUCUGUGAAAAUGGUGCCUGCUAGUGAGGUAAUGAAAAGACAAACCUCAUCUACUAAUAAGCCUGACAUAGUGAAUGGAGUGAAUGGUUCGAAGCCGGUUGUUAAUGGAGCAACUCUAGUUAGAAGAGAUUCUACUCCAGCUGCAACCUUGGUUAAGACACAGAAAUCUAAAUCCUCUAAGAAACUUCCCCCAUUGGAGGAGCUAAGAGUUUUGCCCUCAGAUGAGAGCUUUAGUUGGGCCAAUGAAAACUAUAAUUCGUGGCAACGAUCUGCAGAUGUGUGGUCUUUUGUUCUCUCAUUGCGUGUUCGUAUUCUGUUGGACAAUGCAAAGUGGGCAUAUAUAGGAGGUUUCACAGAAGAUAAGCAGAAAAUCAGAAGGCGCAAGACUGCCUCAUGGCUGCGAGAGCGUGUACUGCAGCUUGGCCCAACCUUUAUCAAACUCGGACAACUAUCUUCCACAAGAUCGGAUCUGUUUCCACACGAGUUUGUGGAAGAGCUGGCCAAGUUACAGGACAGGGUCCCCGCUUUCUCACCAGUAAAAGCGAAAGGCUUUAUUGAGACUGAACUAGGAGCUCCAAUCAAUAUAUUGUUUAAGGAGUUCGAGGACCAGCCAAUUGCUGCUGCUAGUCUUGGUCAGGUUCAUCGCGCUAUCCUGCAUAAUGGAGAGAAAGUAGUUGUGAAAGUUCAGAGACCUGGUCUGAAGAAGCUUUUUGACAUUGACUUAAAAAACCUAAAGCUAAUUGCAGAGUAUUUCCAGAGAAGUGAAAGCUUUGGUGGUCCAUCAAGGGACUGGAUUGGUGUAUAUGAAGAAUGUGCCACGAUUUUGUAUCAAGAAAUUGAUUAUAUAAAUGAAGGGAAGAAUGCUGACAGAUUUCGCAGAGACUUUCGGAAUGUAAAGUGGGUUCGAGUACCUAUGGUCUUUUGGGAUUAUACUGCAACGAAGGUGCUGACAUUGGAGUAUGUUCCAGGUAUUAAGAUAAACCAGCUAGAUAUGCUAGACGCACAGGGUUUUAAUCGUUCUCAAAUUGCAUCACAUGCUAUUGAAGCAUACUUGAUCCAGAUACUCAGAACCGGUUUCUUCCACGCUGAUCCUCAUCCAGGAAAUCUCGCUAUUGAUGUGGAUGAAACUCUAAUCUAUUAUGAUUUUGGCAUGAUGGGAGAUAUUAAAUCUUUCACCCGAGAGAGACUACUUGAACUUUUCUAUUCUAUAUAUGAAAAAGAUGCCAAAAAGGUUAUGCAAUGCCUCAUAGAUCUUGGAGCACUUCAGCCCACAGGAGACUUGUCUUCCGUAAGGAGAUCCGUUCAAUUCUUUUUGAACAAUUUGCUGGACCAGACACCAGAUCAGCAGACUACCUUUUCUGCAAUUGGGGAGGAUUUGUUUGCAAUUGCACAAGAUCAGCCUUUUCGAUUCCCAUCCACAUUUACUUUUGUACUCAGGGCAUUCUCAACCCUGGAAGGCAUAGGCUAUAUUCUAAAUCCAGAUUUCUCCUUCGUGAAGAUUGCUGCACCUUAUGCCCAGGAACUCUUAGAUUUAAGACAGAAGCGGCGUACUGGGACACAGCUUGUAAAUGAAAUCAGGAAACAAGCCGAUGAUGCCAGAAGCUACACAAUGUCCAUGCCGUACAGAGUUCAGAGAAUAGAGGAGUUUGUGAAAGAACUUGAGUCGGGGGAUUUGAAACUCCGAGUUCGGGUGCUUGAGUCAGAAAGAGCAGCUAAGAAAGCAAAUAUUCUCCAAAUGGCAACGAUGUAUACAGUCUUAGGGAGUACCCUGCUCAACCUUGGGGUCACUCUGGGCAGUCAAGGCAAUCUGGCUUUUGCAAAUGGGUCAUACGUCGGUGCAGGAGUUCUUUUCGCACUGUUUGCUAGGUGUAUGCAAAGGGUGAAGAAUCUUGAUAAGUUUGAGAAGAUGAUAUAGUUCCUCAACCUGGAAUGCUAGAACAGAAGCUUAGGACCAAUAUUCUUGCCUAUAUAAUAUGGGGCUUUAUAGCCACUUACUCUAAUUUUUUGCAUGCAAACAAGAGUAGCAUGCCUUGUAUACACAGAAAAUAGAACCUUUGUAUAUAUGCAUUGAUUGUUCAAAGAAGAAAUAUAAUGCUAUUGGUUGCAG